AUGGGUAAGCGAAGAGGCAACAGAACUGAACCGUUAAUACCAAAAAGCCUCAAGGCGAAUAUAACUUCGAAAAUGCGCGAAGAGAAAGAUGCUGAAGAAAUUUUCGAGAAUGCAUUUGUGCCGGUGAUAAGAUACGAUAGAAAACAAGAACCACUCAGAGGGCAGUUGGAAAAGGUGUUCGAUGAAGUUCAAAAACCUGAAUUGCGCAUCGUAAAUGAUAUCCAAAUGACUAAAAUGAUCAGUGGGAAAUUUCUGAAUAUUCAAUCGAAGCAGAUUGUACCCGAUGAGAAUAUCUAUGCAAAUUAUGAAAUAGAACAAUCGAAAAAACUGCUAAAAGAUAUGAUAAGUGAAUAUUUCAAUAACAAAGAAGACACUGUUGAGUUGACACUGAAAAUAUCACGUCAAAAUCAAUAUCCAAUCAUACAUAUUCAAUUGGAGCCAUCAUUGCUAAGCACAUCAAUGCAUUCGACUGUGCUCGAUUCCGAUAAUUUGCUAGUACCAUCUUCUGAUUCUUCAACUCAUAAUCAG